AGUAAUUAUCUUGGAAUAAGCACACUGACACUCAACGCCCAGACACAUUCGUUCUCCAACGCUUUCAGGAGUCACUUCUCAAAGGGAAGCAAAAAGGCGUACUCUUUGCAGCACUGAAAUUAAACAGCCAUACCUAAAGUUAGCAAUUCAAGCUUUCUCAAGACGAACAAUCAUGGCUUAUGAAGGAUACACUACUUUUAAAGUAGAGAUCAAGGAAGGUGUGGCUUGGGUCACAUUUGACUUUCCUCCAGUGAAUGUUCAAGGAAAGCCGAUGUUGGACGAUCUCAAUCGUUUGGCCGAAGCUUUGGAGCCGGAUCGUUCCAUCAAGGUCGUAGUAUUCCAGUCUGCCCAUCCUGACAUUUUUGUAUGCCAUGCAGAUAUCGACAUGUUAACCGAGAUUCCAGCUUCUGAACGUUCCAUGGAUGAUCCAUUACUAUACCUGCAAACGGUGUUACAGCGGAUUAGUGCUCUUCCUCAAGCGACCAUUGCCAAGGUAGAAGGAAGCCGCGGGGGUGGUCACGAAUUUAUGCUGGCUUGUGACAUGCGCUUCGCCGCCAGGGGAAAGUCGGUAUUCAUGCAGAUGGAAGUCGGCAUGGGCAUAGUGCCAUGUGGCGGAGGAACGCAGCGACUUCCACGCCAGGUCGGUAUGGGUCGAGCCAUGGAGAUCAUUCUGGGGGCACAUGACUUUGAUGCUGACUUGGCAGAACGAUACGGAAGCAUCAACCGUGCGCUGGACCCAGACGAAAUUGGGCCAUUCGUGGAAGAGCUGGCUAACCGUAUAGCCAAGUUUCCUGCAGGUUCCAUUACAGCGUGCAAAAGGUGCGUCCUGUCUGCUGUUGAAACUCCUAUUGAAGAGGGCCUGAAGAUUGAGGCAUACCAGCUGGGGCAAGCCAUGUCAACGACCCCUGGAGCCAAACGGUUUGCCUUCGGAAAGGAAAAAGGUCUACAGAAUGAUAUGGAAUUCCAGAAGAACUGGGAUAAAGGAGUGAUGGACAUCCAAGCAGUACAGUAACUUAUAAGCAUGCUUUUUUUUUUGCCUGAGUUUGCAUAAGAAGACUCUUUACGUACGCCAAUUUGUAGGUAGUGAAUGCGUUUGAAAGGGGGAAUAACAGCUACAGUUAUAUAAUUAUGUUAUAUGGCCUGCUAUGUACAUCGUGUAUCUUUGUUGUUGUCAGUUUCGUUUUCCGUCGGCAGUAGAAUAUUAAAGUUUGAGCAUUGCAGGACGAACUGAA